CAAAAUUUCACAGUAAUCCUGAAAAUUUCAAAGAUCAAGACAAAACUUUGAAUGAAAUCAUUGGCAUCCUGAAUGAUUACAUCAGGAAUGUAAAUUCUACUCAUCUUGUUUCUGGGCCUAGAUUUAAGCUUGAUUUAUUGAAAUACAGAAAAGAAAAAGGCAAGAGUCAACGCAUUUCAUACAAUUUUCAGUUGUACAUAGAUGGAGUUCAUCCAGACUCUUUGUUAGGAAGAGUAUGGCUGAAAAGACUGAUUGAAUGCAUUUUUAUCAAUUCAUCGUAAUGUUUACUUAGAUACUGUUAUUUGUUUUAUUGGUGCAUUAUUCUGAGGCAGGUACGUCUCUGUUGGUAGGGACACACCCAAUCACAGAGAAUAUCCCUGUUUCAUAUAAAUUGUACCAUAGAUUUUAUUGUCAGAUAUACAUAUACAUGUUUCGCAGCCAGGUCAGUAUUGGAAGGGACUGACCCAAUCAUAUUAACAUACCUGUGCAGUUGUUACGUGUAUAUUGUAUAAAAUAAGUGGUCAUUAGUUUCACAGACUCUUUGAUUAUGGCUACUGGAAAUGGUAAUGGUGCUGGAAAACCAGACGGGGAAGAAAUUUCUAUUAAAGAUCACAUAAAUGAAGUAAACAAAGACCCAAACUAUAAGGUUCUUACAAAAGAGGAAUAUGAAGUAUUGGUAAAUGCAAGCCUUAAACAAGAGCAAAAGACAAGUACUCCUUUCAAAAGUCCAAAUUGGGUGCAUAUGUCUCCUAUGUCAAAACUAUUCAAUACAAUGAGUGAUUCCAAGAAUCCUGGUAAUGUCUCCAUGUUACAAGGUAAUCAAUAUCCCACCCCUAAACUACAUUUAGUGGAACAGAUGAACCACAAAAAGGGGAAGUUAGGUAUGAAGUUUGGAAUUUUGAAGUAAGAUGGUUACUAAAUUCAAAUCAGUACCCAGAACAUAUUCUACUUCAAGCCGUAAGAAAUUCUUUAAAAGGUUUAGCUAGAAGUAUGCUAGUACAUGUAUUAGUGGGGGAUAAAGCUUUUAUUCAAGACAUUUUGAAAAAAUUAGAUGGAUUUUUUGGCAAUGUAGCCUCAGGCGAGACGCUUAUGCAGUCAUUUUACAAUGAUUGUCAAAAAGAGGGGGAAUCCAUUGUUGUAUUUGCUUCUAGAUUAGAAGACACAUUGUCCAAAGCAAUCAAAUUUGGUCACAUUGGUAAUGAAGCCAGAGAUGGGAUGUUAAGAAGCAAAUUUUGGACAGGUUUAUUUAGUCAACAUUUAAAACAAAGUACGAGACAUCUGUUUGACUCUAUUAAAAAUUUUGAAUCUUUACUCAGGGAAAUUAGGAAGGUGCAAGAGGAGAUAACAUCACAAAGGAGUUCUAGAACAACAAAGUCAGCAAGACAGGCAUUUCAACAGGCAGAGAGAGCAGAGAAUAAUACAUCAUCGACAGACCCACAGAAAGAAUUACAGACAAUCAUGAAGAAGAGAUUGAAGAGACACCCCCAACAGUUAUCAAAAGAAAGACCAGACAAAGUAAGAAGAGGAAAGGUGAAGUAAGUGAAGAAGAGUCUGAUUCCAGUGAAUCAGAUUCCGAACAGGAAAUAUAUGUCUCAAGACCAUUUAACUCUAGAAGAAAGAACAAUGUCUUAUUUAACACUUCAGGUGUAGAUCACAGUAUUGAUCUCAAUAGUUCAAGUGAACAUAUGGGAUCAAGUGGUUCUAGGGCAAUGUAUACUUUCAAUGUGAGCAAUAAUGUCAACAGUCAAAGUCAACAUACUUUCAAUGUGAGUAAUGAUGUUUAUGGUAGACCAAAUCAUCAUACUUUCAAUGUUAGUAAUAAUGUCAGUAGACCUAUGCAACAGAAAGAUUCAUUUUUUUCUGUUGAUCCUGAAUCUUAUAUUCAAGAUAAUAACUCUAACACAACUUCUGGCUUAGAUUACACUAGUGUUAAUCGAAAUCAGCCACGUGAACGUGAAACGAGUCUGUCUACCGCACAACCGAGACGCUCUACUCGGGUGCGAAAGGCACCAGAUAAAUACGGUGAAUGGGUAGUUGGGGAACAGUGUGCUCAGGUUUGGUAUGUAUAGGGGGAGAAUGCCACAGGGUUAUGAAAUAUGUAUUAUAGUUUUAUGAUCUUACAUUUAGUAAUUUGCUUAGAAGAGUUACUAAAUUAAUUUUAUUGAUGAUCAAAAGUAUGAUAAACAGUAGUUGUGUAUUGUAGUUUUAUGACAGUAGAUUUAGUUGUAGCUUAGACUAGUUACUUAGUUUAUUUUAUGAUACUUAACAUGUAUUGUUUUUCAGAAUAGUGUAUUUGAUUUUAGUUGGAUUAUGCUUGUUCUUUUGAUUGAUCAUUAGCAUUACAACUUAUGUUUAUAAUGCAUUACAGUUCUUCUUGUAUACAGGAGAAGACAUUUCCAAGGAUCAAGUGUCAAGAAUUAGGCGUUAUUGUUUUAAUUUAACUGAUCUAUUUUAUUUCAGAUGUGAUAUGUUUCAUAUUUGAAAUGUCAGGAGACAUUUUUCUCUAAGAGGGGGAGAAUGUCACAGGGUGAAUAAAUUAAUAUUAUAAUACAUACUUUAUAAUUUAUUUAUUUAUAAUUUAUGACCUAAUAUACUAAUCAUUUCA